GCCAGCCCAGUUUCACCUUCUUCUCCCUCACCGGCCGGCGAGCAAGCGCGCUCGACGGCGGUACGGUGUUCCAUGCACUUAGCGCAUGCAGCGACGCCAUCCCAUCUGGAGGUCGCGGUCGCAGCAGGCCAAGUAACCAGAAGAGCUCAAGAACCGGCGGUCACGAACGGACAAGCGGCGAACGGCUACGUACGACAAGCACAGGAAAACGAGGAGGCAGAGCGGAGACGGGCGCCGCCGCCGCGCGCGCACGGUCCAGCCCGACGCGGUUCAACACGAUCCACUCGGUCUCGCGGUCCACUCUGUCCACUAAUUUUUCCUUCCUCCGGCCGCGGCCGGGCUGGUCUUGACCCGUACCGUACGUGUUCCUAUUGUUCAAUCUGCGUGCAGCGGUUCGCCUGCCACAUCCCCGGCGAGACGACGACGAUGACCCAUCCUCCUCAUGACGGGACGACGCCACCGCGGCCGGCUCCGGCGACGCUGUCCCACGCAGAGGCGGCCUCUACUGCAACCGCCGCAGGUGUGAGCGAGAGGGAGGAGGAGCAACGCCGCAAGGCCAAGGAGAACCUCGACGUCGGUGCCACGGCCACCGUCUUCGGUUCCACCGUGCUGCUGGGUGGGCUCUUCCUCCCAAAGGAGGCCAAGCAGCUCCCUGGCAAUGCAGCGCGCCUCACCGUCUCGCUGCUGCUGUCCUUCGCCACCUUCCUCACCGGGAAGGCCCUCGUGCUGCUCAGCCUGACCAUGAUGGGCCGCCAGGUCCUCGUCUCAGAUGGCCACCGCGUCGCCGCCAAGUGCCUGGUCGCCGUGUGCGCCGUGCUGUCGGUGCUCACGCUGCUCAGCCUACUCGCGCUCUUGCCGGGCGGCGGUGUCUACCUGUACAUCGGCCUGGCCGUGGUUACGGCGGUCACCCUGUCGGCCGCCGGUGCGCACUGGUGGCUCCUCAGGCGCAUGAACGGCGGCGGCGGCGGUGAGGCCGCCGCGGCAGUGUACUACGACGAAGAGAACGAGGGCAAGGAGGAGAUGGACGCCGCGUACAAGACGACAUGCAGCAUCACGAACUCGGCGUUUGGGGGCCUCGUCGGCGUCCUCUUCAGCGCGUCGUCCAAGAUCUCUGGCGCGGCGGCGGCUGACUCCGUCCAAAGCGCCGCCCACGUCGCCAUCUUCUUCACGUUCACGACCGCUAUCCUCGGCGUGUUCGUCAUGACGGUGUCCAAGGUGGUCACCAACAACCAACGACGACGACGACGACGAUGCAGCAGGCGGCGGCUCCUCGCCAUCGCCACGGCCAUGAGGCUCGCCAACGCGCUCCUGCUCUGCUCGCUAGCGUGCGCCGCGUUCUCGGCAGCCUUCGUGGUGCUGAGGUACCUCGUCUUCGCGGCCUUCGCGCCGCUAGUCUUGGCAGCUGCCCUCUGCUUCCUUCUCCGGCACUGCGUCGUCGUCGUCGUCGUCCGCCACGACGACCGAGACGGCGAGGAGGCCCGGGUCAAGGCGAUGGAGGACAUCGCGAGCAAGGUCACGGCGGCGACGUUGGGAGGCAUCAUGAGCAUCCUCGGUGGUGCGCUCGGAGAGAAAGACGACCGCGACAAGUGGGGCUCCACCUCCACGGGCGUCGUCAUGGUUGUCCUAACCUCGGCGUUCGUCUCAGGCUUCGGGUUCAUGGUGCUCGCGGCGGCGCCAGGUUCCGCCACGGCGAUCCUGGCUCCGGUCGCCCGGGUGCUGGUCUGGUCCACCGUGGCGUUGUUCACUGCCACUGCUGUUGCUGUUUACGGCGCGGAGAUGUCAGGGCUAGACAAUCCGAAGUGAAAUGCCUUGCUAACUAAGCACGUUUUUAA